AUGAAAUUCCUCAAGCUAAAUUAUUACAAUGGGGAAAUAUAUGAAAAGUACAAAAUUAACAAUAUCUUAUCAUUAUUAGUUGAUAAUCACAAAUUUCAAAAUGAAAAUAUAAACUUCCAUGAACUAAGUACCAAAAAAAAUAAUUACAGUAUCAUGGCUCUUUUGGGAAGCCAAAUAAAAAAUUUAAAUGAUGAUAUAUAUAAAGACAUUGAUACUAAUGAUAUAAUUUUAGCAUUAUCACAAUUAAAACAAGUUGAAGAGCAAAUAUUAAUUAAUGAAAAUCAAAACAGAAACUAUAUUUUAGAAUUGGCUGAACAACUAUAUUAUGAAUAUACUCAAAAAGGUUUAAUCACAAAUGAUCAUCCAUAUAAUUUAAAUGAAAAAAGAAAUUUUAUGAGUAUAAAUUUAGAAUUGAUGAAUGAAAUAAAUAAUGGAAUACAAAAUUAUGAUAGAAAAAUUCAUGAAUUGUCUCAAUUUCCUGAAGAAAAAUUAAAAAAAGAUGUUCAUACAUAUUAUGAUGAAAUAGACCCAUUAAAUUCGGAUAAAAUGAAUUAUUUUUUAAAUGAUAAUGAUAUGUUUUAUAGUAUAAAACAAAAUACAUUCUCUGAAGGAAAUGAUGGUAUCCUAAAUAAUGUUGACAAUUUUUUAAAUAUAAAUGAUAAUAUGACUACUGGUGAUGGACAUUUAAAUAUUCUAAAGGAUGUAAAUGUCGAUAAUAAUAAUAAUGAAUUUGAAAAUUUUAUGAGCUUAAUAGGUGAUAAUAAAAUAAAAAAUAGAAAUUCAUUUACUGGAGAGGGUUUUGACAAUUUUAGAAAUUUUAAUAAAGAUGUCUUAAGUGUCAAUAAAAAUAGUAUUAACAUUAAUAAUAGUAAUAUAAAUAAUAAAAAUUGUAAUAAUAAUUUACUUCACUAUAAUAAAGAUGAAACAAAUAGUAGUACCUGUUGUAAUAGUGUAGGUAAUAUUAAUGAAGAUCUAAAUAUUUACAAUGAAAUAAAUAAGAAUACUGGCAACUAUAAUACAAGAAGACAUUUUAGUAAUGCUGGCCAUUUGGAAUUAGAUGAAAAUUAUUUAUUUAAGGAUAAAACAAAAAUAGAUUUAUUAAAAAGGAAAACACAUUAUGAUAAAAUCGAAGAAGGAUUUCCAAAACCACAUCAUCAACGAAAUACCGUAAUAGGAAAUAUAAGUCAUAAUGAAAAUAUUCAUGGAAAUAAUUUUUAUGAUGUAGAUAUGAAUAAAAUAAAUUCUAACAUACCUAGAGGGUAUAGUAAUAUAAAUGAUAAAUAUGAUGAAAAUAAAAUAUUUUUAAAAAAAGAUGAUAUAAAUUAUGAUAAUAAUAAUAAUGAAUUAAAAAUGGACAUGAACAGUGUAUAUAAUACAAACUAUGAUUUGCGUACUAACCAAUUUAAUGACAAUAAAAAUAGUAAUAAUAUAUUUAAUAAUAAUAUGAAAAAUAAUAUAGGAAAUAAUGUAUUAGAUAAUUUAGAUAAAGCAGAACAAGAAAUUGUUAAUAAGCAUUUAAAAAAUUCGCUUGCACAUAAUGAUUAUACAGCAAGACGUAUGAGUUCUAUAUUAUUAAAUCAAACUACUACAAAUAAAGAGGCACUAAAUAAUAGAAAAACAUUUGAUGCUCAUAAUAUAAAUAAAUUUGUUAAUAGAAAUAUGCACGAUUAUAAUAGUGCAAUGUCUUUGAACAAGUAUAGUGCAGGUGAUCCCAAAAAUCGUUUUACAAUAGAUACAAAUAAUAGUAGUAGUUUUAUAUUGAGCUCUAUAAAUAAACAUAAUAAUACUCAUGACAAUUCCUUUAAUGUAGUUAACAAUUUUGAAAGCAGGAGAUUCUCAGCUAUCCCAAAAGAUAAUUUUUCUCGAAACAGCUUUAUGAAAGAUGUUUAUUUAAAUGAAAAAAAUCUUACUUAUAAUAAUUUAGACAGAAGAAAUUAUUCCAAUACCAUACAUACACCAAGUAAAUUAUUAAAUGCGGAUAAUAUGAGUAAUUUUUCGAGAAAUAUUCAAAAAUCAGUUGAAUCAAAUAUGAACACGUAUACAAAUAAAUAUUCUAGGGCGUUAGACAUAAAUGAUUUGAACAGUAAUACUAGUAGAAAUUACAUGAACAGUUCUAAUAGCAUAAAAAGUGAGCAUACAAGUGUUAGAGAUAAUUAUGCAAGAAUGCUCGACCGAUCAAAGUCUAUGUCAUCGCAAAUAUAUAGCAGAGCUCCUCAAACAAGAAAUUAUUUGAAAGCAAACAUGUAA